CCGCCCCCUCCUUACAGUCCUCGUGCGCACGCGCCCUUCAACCAGUCAGCGCUGACCCGGAUGUGCAACUGCUAGGCAACGGCGGAAGUGGCCAAAGGGGGAAAAAAAAGGAAAAAAAGGGAGGAGGGAGGCGGUGGAGGGCUGCGGCCUGGCUCAGAAUUUCGGAGAGGCCGGACGGAGGGACUAAAGAGCCGCCGCCUUCGCCACCCCCGCCCCACGGAGCCAUCAUGAGUGACCAGCAGCUGGAUUGUGCCUUGGAUUUGAUGAGGCGUCUGCCUCCCCAGCAGAUUGAGAAAAACCUCAGCGACCUGAUCGAUUUGGUCCCCGGUCUCUGUGAAGAUCUCCUGUCCUCCGUCGACCAGCCUUUGAAGAUUGCUCGCGAUAGGGUCGUGGGGAAGGAUUACCUACUGUGCGACUACAACAGAGAUGGAGACUCAUACAGAUCGCCGUGGAGCAACAAGUAUGACCCCCCUCUGGAAGACGGCGCCAUGCCAUCCGCCCGCCUGCGGAAACUGGAGGUGGAAGCGAACAACGCCUUUGACCAGUACAGAGACUUGUAUUUUGAAGGAGGCGUUUCCUCCGUCUACCUCUGGGAUCUGGAUCACGGAUUUGCCGGCGUGAUUCUAAUUAAGAAAGCUGGCGAUGGAUCAAAGAAAAUUAAGGGGUGCUGGGAUUCCAUCCAUGUGGUGGAAGUUCAGGAGAAAUCCAGUGGUCGUACCGCUCAUUACAAGCUGACCUCCACAGUGAUGCUCUGGUUGCAGACGAACAAAACUGGCUCAGGCACUAUGAACCUUGGAGGCAGCCUCACCAGACAGAUGGAAAAAGACGAGACGGUGAGCGACUCCUCUCCACACAUAGCCAACAUUGGCCGUUUGGUAGAGGACAUGGAGAAUAAAAUCAGAAGUACGCUGAAUGAGAUUUAUUUUGGAAAAACAAAGGACAUUGUCAAUGGGCUGAGAUCUGUGCAAACUUUUGCAGACAAAUCAAAGCAAGAAGCUCUGAAGAACGACCUGGUGGAGGCUCUGAAGAGGAAGCAGCAAAGUUAAAAGCAAAUACUCCGCCGACGCGAACGAGACACGCCGUGCACUCAUCAAUUCCUUUUUUUUCUUAGAAGACAUUUUCUCUCUCUCCGCACCCUCUCCCUCUUGCCUGCCACCAUUUUUUUGUCUCCAUCAGAUCACUCCCCCCAGAUAUAUCUUCCACUUGCGAGCGCUGUCUCAAUUCCCCCCUGCCUCUCCACCUGCACCCCCCAAUGAAUAAAGCUGUAUAAACUUU